CGCCAAUAAACACCAAAAAAGAAGAAGAAGAAGAACGCCUGAGGAACAUGGCGAGACUUUAUAUGGACCAAAAACUUAAUCGUGCUAUGUAACUUGUCUCAAAGUUGAUAAAACUACAUUUUAGAGAAAUAUUUUCAAAACAAAGAACUUAGAAGUAACCCAAAACUGAAAACUCUUGCUGAAGAACAAACACUUUCGUAUAUAUAGUCCUAUAAAAUCGCUGCACAGACUUCUUUUCUUGUUGCGGGUCCAGAUACUACCGCGUUCGCAUAUGAUACAGUCUACGAUCUGAAGAUGAAGAAGAACACGGUGGGGAAGACGCGUCACGUCGUGGCCUGGAUGAACAAAGCGGAGUACGAGCAUGUGCUGGAGUAUUUGUUCUCCAAAGAGCCCGCGCUGCAGAAACACGCGCUGCACAGGAUCUCCGCGUGGAAGGGCAGGUUCGGACAAAGCACUCCAGUAGCUGUGGACAGUACAGCGGACCUGGUGCGUUGUCAGGUGCUGGACAGCACGGGUCAGCUGGAGGCCAAUGAUCUGGUGCUGCUGUAUGGCAUGGCACUGGUUCGGUUUGUUAAUCUCAUCACAGAACGGCAACAGAAAAGAGUUGCUAGACCCUUACGAAGGUUAGCUGGGAAUAUAAAUAUCCCAGAGUGGGUGGUAAACCUCAGGCAUGAUCUGACACACCGCAGACUCCCAUCACUAAAGUGGUGCCGAAAAGGUUGUGGAUUUGUGUUGGACUGGUUGCAUCAAGAGUACUGGUCUCGCCAAAUGGGCAGUCAGCUGACAGAGGACUGGAAUGCUUCAUCAGAAGAGGAGGAUGAAGAGGAGUUUGUUAAAAAACAAGAGGAAGAUCUACUCCGCAGACAGAAAGAGAUCGAGGCACACAAAAAAGUCAGAGAACUGCUCAUCUCUUAUGAACGAGAACAGUUUCAGACGUACGAAGAGCUGGCAAAGCAGGGAGGGCAGCGUGGCAUGUGGCCGGAUGCCAGCGCUGAUCUCAGCUGGAUCCUGACGCAGAUCAAACACUUCGCCACAGAGGCCAGAGACAUCCUUGUUGAUGUUUUACUUCAGGAUGGAUUCCUUAUUCCCACCGCAGAACAACUGGAGUCUUUGGAUAUUGACCCCUCAGAGGACUCUGUCGACAUGUUCGCCCCAUGUCUUCCUCGAGUGUUUUUGCACUUCUGGUUGCCAUGUUUGAAGGUCUUGAAUUCAUCCAUCUUUAUAAAUCUGAUCCUUGACAAACUGUUCGCCGAGCUCUCGAAUGAGCCAUCCAGUCACAGAACUUACUACAUCGCCUCCUGGAUCUCUGAAAUUUUACUCUGCAAUAGCAAAAGUGAAUUAAAGGCUCACAAGCGACUAAAAAUAUCCAAGGAAAGGAUCUUCAUGAACAGAUUACAGUUUCCAUGGCAGAAUCUGAUUUCUGCAUGUGUGAACGCACCAUGCCCAGCUACACCGUUUCUUCUGCGACAGAUUUUGAGUGACAUGGACCAGCCCCUCCCACAUGACGCCCAGCAGAACCUGCUUCAGCUCUGCAGCAUUUACACACAGGGUCACCAUGGAAACUCAUCCCCCGGACCCUCAGACCCAGCUCAGCCUGUGUACACCCUACAAAACCUUCAGGAGAGACUCAAGAGUAACGCGUCACAGAACAGAGACACCUCAUCUAACCACACCCCUGGAUCUGUGCAGGCUCCGCCCACAGAGGAGCUCCAGGAAAAGCUAAGCGCAGAAACUGUACAAGAGAGAAACUUUGCAUUACGGGGAUCUGCAUGGAGCGUGUGCACAGAUAAAGUCCCCUGGAAACAGUAUCCGCUAGGAAAGGUUCCAGGACAACCAGAGGACCCCUCCUGUUUGAUGGUGGAGUGUUAUUCUACAUUUACUGUGUUUGACCAGCAGGUAGAGCUAGAUCAACUCCCCCGGCACCAUGGCAACAGGAGUGUUCCCCUUCAGAGCAGAGCCAGUGGAUCAGAUGGGCCGCUUUGGACUCAUAGUGAUUUGAGCAAACUCAAAGCUGGACUCAAGCUGUUCUAACACACACUCAGAUACUCAGCGGCCAUAAGAUAUUGAGCAACCGACCCUGAACUAUGAACCCUAUGAUGUUAAAGACAAACAUUUGAGGCCCAAGCUGGACUGAGGCUCUUCUAGACACACACACAUUAAACAUUAAGCCGUUUUUCUUUUAUAGUUCGUGUCCAUCUUUGUUAGAAGGAAUAUCGGUUGUCUGUCUCACUCUAGUGUUAUAAGUUACGGUCCAGGCUACAGUUUGAUCGGCUCAGCUCAGUCCUUCAGCUCUUGGCAUCUGUUCAAACCAUCCAGAAGUGAAACUCCCAUGAGCAAUGUCUCACGAGGUUCUAAUGAAGAAGUAGGUGCUGUUUGAGAAAUGUUGUAAAUUACAUGACAUUAUUUUUGAAGACAAAGUUGCCAAAUAAACUUCAUUUUGUAUUGUGUACUCAUCUGUUACAUCUUUUUUUUUUCUUCUGUUUCUUGAGGUCCAGGUUUGUUGCACUGGAGUUAUAUUAUUGAACAUGCUGUUCAUGUUAAACCUCCAUGUAAAUUACUUCCGUUAAGAGUGACUGAACAUCCUUUAAUAUCAGCUUCUUUGCAAAGACCUGCUACAUUCUGGUAAUCUGUUCUGAAAUGGGCUGCAAUCCCAAAACCAGUAGCGGCACAAUUUUGUGGUCUUAUCCCACAUCUGAUUGUUAUAGUCACUUAUAUACAG